AUGGUUUGCGAAAUUAGCUUUCCAAAAACUCCAGUGGCUUACCAAGACAUUGUUAACUAUCUUAGUCAAGGAAUAAUUCCAGAUACAAUAAAUCCAAAAAAACGAUGGAAAUUCAAACAAACAAUAAAACUUUGGCAUUUAGAAAAUGAUAUUCUCUAUGUCAAACUAGAAAAUCAACCACAACGUCGAUUUGUACCUACAUGGAAUACAGAAUUUCACCAAUCACUUUUUCAUCAAUUUUAUACAAACGAUCGUUAUAUAAACACAAAAGAAUGUUUCAAUAAAAUUUUUAUAAAUCAUAUCGGCAUUACUAAAAGCGAAGUUUAUGAAUUAAUUCGUGGUUGUGGUGUUUGCAAUAGAAUAACAACAAUUAAAAAAAAUGAUGAUUUAACUCCUAUAAUAAGCCAUGGUCCGAUAGAACAUCUUCAAAUGGAUUUAAUAGAUUUUAUAGUGUAUAAGGAUCCCAAUAAUGGAUUUGCAUGGCUUCUCAUAAUUAUUUGUAUUUUUUCAAAAUUUCUUUGGACAAUUUCGCUUAAAACUAAAGAAACUGAAGUUGUUGGAGAGGCAUUAGGACAGAUUGAGCAAUUAAAUCAAACUGUUAAAUGCAGACUAACAAAAAUGAUGUGGAAUAAAGAAAAUCAAAUUCAAAAUAUUAAUUGGAAAGAUAAUAUUUAUAAAUUUGUCUUUUCAUACAAUACCACUCGACAUACUACUCAUGGAAAAACCCCUUGCGAAGUUUUAUUUGAUUAUAAACUUCUUGGAAUUUAUCAAAAAUUAAAUCUUGAAGAUACAGAAACUGUACAAGAAAUAGAAAUAGAUAACUCACCUGAGUCUCAAGCUAAUUAUAUAGCCACUUUAUCACAAGUUAUUAGAAAACAUCUUGAAGAAAUUACUGAAAUUCACAAUAAUCCUGGUGAAACAGUUGCGAUUGCUCCAGAUACAGAUAUGAAUCCAUCAACUAGGAAACAUAAAUUAAACACAACUUUUAAAGAUACUGGAACAGUUGUUGAAAUGACAAAUAAUAAUAAAACUAUUAUCAUUGAAACAUCUGAAGGCAAUAUA